AUGACGGCGUCGGGGAACCAGGAGGAGGACCUCGAGAUCGAUGACACCCUCGGCGCGCUGGAGAAGAUCAGGCGAUACAUCAACAGCGACCUCAUCCUCCACCGGCUGUACCUGGUGCGCGAGCUGUCAGAGUACGCGAAGGAGGUGGGUUAUGAGGACACCGUCUCGCAGCUGCUCCCCUACCUCAAAGAAAUCCAACGCGAGGGGAAGGAGGCCGCUCUCGACACGGUCGUGCAGGCGCUCCUGCCCAUCGUCGCCCACUUUACCCGAGAUGUCAACUCGCAGGUGCGGCUGUCGUCAACCGAGUCGGUGGUGAGCAUUGCGAGCGCCCUGGCGAAGCCACCGCUGGGCGGGCCUCAGCUGCUGUCGGAGCACAUCUUCCCGAUCAUCACCACCCUCGGCAAGGACACCACCCAGGAGGAGUACCGCGUGGAGGCCGCGCAGCUGGUGCACCACUUGGCGCCGAUCAUGGGACCCGAGCUGUGCGUCGAGUUUGCGCUGCCGCUCCUGCUCAAGCUCUCGGAAGACACUUUCCGCGUUCGUAAGGCUGUGGCGGGGAGGAUAGGGAACAUAGCGCAGGCGGUGCCGAAGGAGGUGAUCUCGCGGGAGCUCGUGCCCCUGUUCGUGAAGAUGGCCGACGACGAGAUCUGGGGCGUGCGUAAGGCCUGCGCCGAGAGCCUCGUCGCCCUCUCCGAGUCCAUCACCGCAGAGGAGCGCGCCUCCAAACUCAUCCCCAUCUUCGAGAAGCUCGUCGACGACACGUCGCGAUGGGUGAGGAGCGCGGCGUUCCAGAAUCUGGGCCGCUUCAUCGCGACCUUCGAGGGCCGCGCGGUCACGCCGGAGCUGCUGCAGCUCUACAACGGCAUGGUGGCCCCGACGGCCGCCACCAAGUACGGCGACGCCGAGAUCGUGAACUACUGCGCGUUCGACUUUCCGGCGGUGAUCUACACGAUCGGGCGCGAUCGGUGGGGCGAGGUGAAGGCCACCUACGAGGCCCUGGUCAAGGACCUCCAGUGGAAGGUGCGGCGACCGCUGGCCCACGCCCUCCACGAGGUGGCCGCCAUCCUCGGCCAGGAGCUCACCGAGAAGGACCUCUGCCCCUUCUUCGAGCUCUUCAUGAAGGACCUGGACGAGGUCAAGGUGGGCGUGGUGAAGCACAUCAGCGAGUUUCUGUCUGUCCUGUCGGAGGCCUCGCGAGAGAAAUACCUGCCGCUCGUGUGCGACAUCACCAACGAGACGUCCAACUGGCGAUUUCGGAAGCUCAUGGCCAGACAAUUGGGGAAGCUGAGUGCGCUGUACAGCGCGCCGGUGGUGAACAAGCACCUGGUGCCCAUCUCGCUUCAGCUGUGCCAGGACGCCGUCUCCGGCGUGCGCAAGGCCGCCUACAUGUCGGUGGGUCCGUUGAUGCGGCGCGUGGCCGAAGGCGAUCAGCGGAUGCGCGACGAGUACGUGGAGCAGAUCGUGGCGUUCGCCUCGACUUUCCCCGACACCUCCUACCUCGACCGCCAAAUGUAUGUCAAUAUUUGCGGUGCCAUCGUGGACGACGUGAGUCCCGAGUAUUUUGUGGAGACCUUCCUCCCCCACCUCUUUGCACUCGCCAUCGACAAGGUGCCCAACGUGAGGGUGGCCGUGUCGCAGGGGCGGAAGGACGUGGGGGACAUGCUGGCCAAGCUGACCCAGGAUCGGGACCGGGACGUGCGGUACUACGCCACCAGCGCCAUCCACGCCGAGCAGCCCCAGGCGCAGAAGCUCGAGGAAGAAGGCGCCGUCCCGCAGCCGUGA